AUGGGCGUCUUCUACGAAACCAUUCCUAAUAGCUUCAUCCCAUGGAUCAAGGAACAGCAAAUGCUCUGGGUGGGCACAGCACCCUUGUCAGGCGAAGGCCACAUCAACAUCUCACCAAAGGGAGGUCAGAACUUUGGUAUCCUGGAUGAACGGACGUUCUGGUACAUGGACCUUACGGGAAGUGGCGUGGAGACACACGCGCAUCUUCACGAACCAGGAAAUGGGAGGAUUUGCGUCAUGUUCAUGGCCUUUCAAGGCCCACCAAAGAUAGUGCGUAUAUGGGGCGAUGGACGCGCUCUCGAAAACGGAACACCAGAGUACUCUGCCUUUGUCUCGGACCACAAAGUCGAAACCAUCCCGGGUUCACGCAGCAUCAUCAUAAUCAACGUCCAUCAAUGUGGUACAUCGUGUGGCUUCAGCGUCCCCUACUACGACUUUGUCGGCCACCGCGACAUCCUAAACGAGCAUUUCAGGAAAAAGGACGCGAAAUACAGGGAGGGCGAGGAAAAGGAAUCCAUGGAUUACUACUGGGCGUGGAAGAGUCAGCUUAGUAUUGAUGGGCUGCCGGGUAUGAAGCGGGGAUAUGAGUUUGCGCAGAAACAUGGGGUUAAGCCGUUGAAGAAGAUGGUGGGGUCAUAUGCGCCGGGGAAGGGAGGAGUGAGGAGGAAGGAGGGGGUGGAUCCGAUGUAUCUGUUUGUGGUCUUGUUGUUGGGGAUGGUCAUUGGUGGGGCGAUGGCGUUGAGUGUUGUUACGCCGGAGAGGUUGAGGAUGUUGCAGGAGAAGGGGAUGGUUGUAUGA